GUCAUCGAAGCAAUUACCAUCAGCAUCAUCGUUAAUCGUUGAUAAUCUUUACCAACAUCGUUGAUAAUCUUUACCAACAUCGUUGAUAAUCUUUACCAGUAUCUAAGUUUAUGUGGUCAAUAGUCCUUAUUUGCUGUAAAUGAAGAAAUCGAAUUCGAACCCCUUGCUGAAAAUGAAGAAAUCAAGAGACUCAAACUCCCCUCGACGGCCUUUGGUCGCGACGAGGGCAAGACAUGCGCUCGCGGUCAUCAUGCUGUUUGUAGCCAUGACGCAUGUAGUUGACGGUCGCAAGUCUGGCAUUCCAGAUGCGAUCAAGGCGUUGCGCCAAGAGGCAUACAACAUAAGCAAGGCACGAGCGAAAAGCGCAGCUGCUGCAGAACCUUCUGAACUACGUGAACAAGGGACACAACCCUCGGGUAGACAAGGGAGUACUGAAGCCGAAGAGGAGACUCUUCUUUCACACAACAGCGCAGGAGGCCAUGACAGUCGAGAUGAGACAGGCCACGACAUUGGAGAAGUGGGACGCCUGCCAAGAACGUGUCAUGACGACAAGACUACCACAGCAGAAGGGAAAGCCCCUUCUUUGGAAGCAGGCGAAAAGGGAAGUACGACAGCAGAACAAGGGAAAGUGCCUUCUUUGGAAGCAGGCGAAAAGGAAAGUACCGCAGCAGAAAAAGGGAAAGUCCCGUCUUUGCUCACGGAUAGCCGACCCUUGACAGAUGCUUUAGCAACUCUGCGCGAAAAAAGGGCACGUGAGUGGCGGCUCCUCCGUGAGCCACACGUGCCUGCUUUUUGCGCUCGUUUACCCCUAAGUCUGCAACGUCGGAUUUUGUUAACCAGUGUGGGAGGCAGGGAAGCGGCCUCGGCAUGCAGAAGUGUGGCAGACAUGGCCAAAAGACAUAAGCAAGUAGACAGCCAGUUGUUCCACUUCUCCGAGACAGGCAGCACUGCAGCAGCAGGAGAGGAAGACGAAUGUAGAGGACCAACAUCUACAUCUUCGAGCACUAAAAAUUCUUUACUAAAGAACAAUUAAGGCUCAGCUUUCAAUGGUCAUUGGGGUUGGUCACUGAGAUCGAAGAGGCGACCCCUUGAGAGAACAGGGGAAAACGAAGGGAAAGGGGAGGGCUUUGAAGGGGGUCGCUUCCGUUCAGAGUCAGAGACCACUGAGUGCUGAGCUUUAAAACAAGAGCCCAAACACCAUUUCACUAGGCACAGCUCCAGCAUUCCACACGUCUUCGGCUUCGUCCAGUGGACGCUUUGCGGCUGAGAUUCGAGUAGAUGGAAGGCCAGCAGAUUCUUUUGGCGACGAUGAUGUAGAAAUUAAGUGUUUCCGAGUUACAACCCUCAAGACCAUCCUAAACUUGUUUUCCUCCAGUAGGAAAGAAGUCAAGGAUGUUCUGAGGAGUGCAAUGUCGCAACCUCUAAGAGAAGGCGUCAAUUGGAGAGAGACAAAAAGGCUCAAAAUAUCGAUCGAAGCUGGUUUUGGACUAAGUUUUGGCCGGUCUACGUUGACAUAGAGAAAUAUCCAUUGAAAAGGUUGAGGUUCUUGUCUAUUAGUCCCACUUCUACGACUAGUACGACAAAUAGUUCUACGACUACGAAUAGGACAAAUCUUCAUGAGGAAGCACUUUCGACAUCAACAGAAGGAGUGAAGACGGCUGAAAGAGCGCGGCUCAGUCAAAGGUUUGAUUUCUUUUUUGGUAGGGAGAACGUCCCACACGAGAAUGCCUCGGACCCGGAGAUGCAGAUAGCGGCUUCAAUUGAGGAGAAUGGUCAUGAACCCUCAAAAAAGGGAACGAAGGAAGCGCCUCAAACGUCGAUGACAAAAACAGUUCUUGAGACGAGUACGGAAUCGUUUAUCUUACCGUGUUCGCCUAUAAUGAUCCAAGUCCAACCACAGCCAGAGCCUUCUUCGGAUAAGUUGUUCAUUGGGAUCUACAUGUGGGUUCCGUACUAUGCUUUUUUUCGUGCGCUGAAAGCCGAAAGACAAGAACACUCACCUAUGGGUGGAAUGUUCUUCUUCCCCCGGAGCAAUAGUAUGGAUUUUCUUGACAAGUACGCCAAGGUUGGCCGCAGUGUCGAGUAUGAACAACGACCUGAGAUGGGAAGUAGAUUCCUACGAAAAGGGAAUGGAAGUGGAUAUGAGUACUCACCUCCCCAAAGAAAAAAGCCUACAUUCGAUUUCCCGGGAUGGAAGGAAGGAGAUUCUGUUCGUCGUCAUCGGGAAGACCAGACUCGGAUGUUCCCGCCCAGUUCGGUGACGUCUACUGUCUCGACGGACCAAGAUCAAGAACAUGAUCAUGGCGUGAGAAAUCAUCAGCAAGAAGGAGGGACAUUCAUAACUGCGCGCAUACCGAAAUUCUUUGUUGAUGUCCUCGCAACAGGAUCGUCUUCAGGAUCGUCUUCCACUUACUGCUCGUCAGGUGGUGGAAGCAGUUCAUCUUCGCCCGGACACGGUAGGUCGUCUGAGAAUACAGAGCACAAUCGAGGUGAGCCGCAUAUGCUAGUGCGCGUUCUUCGUGUCUGCAGGAAAAAACAGUGUACUAAUGCGGAAUUCAGAGAGAGACAAUUGAUUAAGGCUCCAAAUAUUUCACUUUCUUCAAAAUGUAUGCUCUUCUGUUUCCUUCGUGGGAAUCUGAAGAAACACACUUAUGUAGUAUAAUACAGAGACAUGAAUUAUUCAUUACCUCGUGGUCUUGGCUAUCAUACUAGUACUGGCAAGGCUAUGCUAUGUCCUUAAUUGAUCGCAAAAGUCUAGUCCUCUCCUCUCCUCUCCUCAACCUCAUUAUUUUGGGCUCUAAAUUGAAGAAGUUAAUGGAGGCGAAUGUCUCUGCUUGCGUCGCCCAAGAAGAAGAUGCGGAUGCUGUGGACCAGUCAACAACAAUGGCAACAGAUGCUCGUGAUGGAACAGCGGUACUAGAUGAAACUCUUGCUCCCUGCUCUUCAGAAGAAGUGCCAAAAGUGGAGGUAAAGACUCGUCUACCCCUUGCCAGAAGAGCUCCCUCGUCCGGAGUGCCAAAAGGGCAAGAUCAUGCGGGAGUAGCGCUCUCGUGCGGAGUGCCAAAACUGCCAAAAGUGGAGGAUGACCCACCUCUCUUUUGUCCAGAGAUCGUAACUCCAGUGACCGUAGAGAGUUGGCAAGAGGGUGGUGUCGGGGUAGAAGGGAAUCUUAUGCGCGUUUCGCUACAACGGAUUCUGGAGCAGCACAAUAUCACGGAUAACAAAUUAUGGUACACCACGAUGGAGCUAGAACUAUUAAAUACGAGUAACCAACAGCUAGUACUAAAGUUGUUAGUAUACAACAGAAUUUGUAGUCGAUUUUCAUGUAGUGGAUGUAAACUGCAGGUGUCCUUCUACAAGCUCGCUCUAAUGCAGGAGAAAUCAACACCGAGGUCCUUCUUUUACUUCGUCAGAACGAAAGCGAGAGAAUCCGCAGGGGGAGGAGACGUGUCCGUGUAAGUCGAGGAACGAGGCAUCUGAAGUCGGAACGAGACUCACUGGUUGAAGAACAAUAACUAUGUAUCUAUGCGAAAGUAAUAAGAAUAGCAGAGAAGAGAUUUGCCUUAUUGUUGAAGAGUAAGGAACUUUGUAUCCACUGGUGGAGGAAGUAAUCUUUUCAUGCACCAUAUCUCGAGAGAAACCUUUACCACCCAUGAUAUCAACAGAGAAACUUUUCCGACUGUUCUUUCAACGCGAUAUAAUUGAAGAUAUUGAUUAUACUCUUGAAAGCUUCGUGCCCUGUGCUAGACAUCCCUUCGUUGCAGUCACGACUCUGGGAGAUAUCUUGCAUGUCUCCGGGUCACGACUUUGGGAAGCGCUGAAAACAUUGCAACGACUAGUAUUCCACUAUGAUGUGGGAUUGAUUCUACAAGAGAGUAGAGUCACCGAGUGUUGUC